AUGGAAGCAGCUAUGAUUUAUUUAUAUCAGAUAUUAGCAUCAUAAUCAGAAGUAUAGUUAUCGCAAAAUUAUACAUAAGAAACUAAUAAAUACUCAACAAUUAUAGUGUUCGAAAGAUAUAUUUCUGAUACGAAUACUAUAUUUUUAUAUGGUUAUGAUUCCAAUUCAUUAAUUAUUUUUAAACAACAACAUUAUAAUGUAGACGAGUUAAUUACUAACCUACAUUAAUAUUAAAUGAAAAUUAAGGACUUUUUAUCGUAGAUCCUAGCUCAAAAUUAAGAAAUUUGUAUUCAUUUUAUAAAUUAUGCCUCAAUCAUAGAAUCUGACAACCUUUAAAUAAAAUAAGAAGCAUAUAAAUUAUUAGAAUUACCUUUCCCUAAAAGCAAAAUCAUAGUUUGGAUGGAACAUAAAAAAACACUUCAAAUUCCAAACGAUUACCUUCAAAUUUAAAUUUCCUUCAAUUAAUUGGCAUUACUAAAAAUUUAGCGUAAUUUAAUUUAGAAUUUGGAACUCUAUUAAUAAUUCACUAUUGAAUAAAUUACUUAAAUUCAAGAAAAUCAUAAAUAAUUUAUAGACUAAUUAGAAAUAUGUGAAUCAUAAGUAGAGACUUUUAAAUUAUAAAGUUUAAUUAAAGAUAUUACUUAUAUAUAAGAUUUACCAGAAUAAAUACAAUACUUAGCAUAAUUCUUAAUAAAUUUACCACGUUUUACUUGCUAAGAAACAGUCAUAAUGAUAGCAAAACUUAAAUUGUAUAAAUAGAAUUUAAUACUAAAGAAAACAAUUAAUUAAUAAAAGUUAUAAAUUAAAGAAUACAUAGAAGUAGCCAAAACUGAUUUAAGUAUAUUUAAAGAUGAAAAAAAUUGCCAUUUUCCUAAAAAAGGAGAAAAUAGUUAAAAGUAAUUUAUUUAAAUAAUUUUUUUAGAUGCAAAGUAUGCUAAAAGAAUAACAGAAAAGUUCGAAAAUCAAGUUUUGUUUGUGAUGCAUGUUAAAAACAUUACAAAAUAAAUGUAACGCUUUGUACAACUAAAUGUUUUAAAUUAUUUCAUCUAAAUCCUGAAAGGUAUUUACAUAGAAAAAGUAGAACAAAAAAAGCAAAAAUAGAAGAAUGA